AUGGAGGUCGCUGGCGGGGUUCUCUCCCUCACAUGGGAUGUUUUUGAUAGUGCUGUCCGCAUCUUCAAGUUCGUCACGGCUCUGGUUGAGAUGCCGAGAGAGUAUGAACAAUACAGGCUGCAGCUCAUCAUCGAAUACAACAGGGUGUUGGCCUGGGGGAAAGCCGCUGGCCUAGUUGAUGUUCCCGAGGGUUCUACUUUGGGCACUACUCUGGGAUCUGACGGGAUCGAACUCGUUGCGAUUGUCGCCCGGAUUCAGUGGUUACUAUCAGAGUUCAGAGAGCUCAACGCUCGCUAUGGCAACGAACUGCCGAGGACCGCCAAGGACGGCGAUAAAGGGGGUGAGAAGCGGGAGGAAGAGCAGCCUACUGACAUCGACGUACUGAAAGAAGUCUCGAGCCUGGCUAUGUCAUAUGAGUCGAAGAAGAACGACCGUCGGCAUGCGCGCGGGACCAACCACAUCCGAAACUUUUUCGAAAAGGCUGGUCACAACACCAAAGACAUCAUCACCCAUCCGGUUCGAGUCCGGUGGUUGGCGAUUGACAAAGAAGCCUUCGACGCCCUGUUGAAGGACCUCCAUACCUUGACAGAACGGCUUCACGAGCUCAUGAGAAACUAUCGCGAGAAGCAAAUUGAUGGCAUCACGGCCAAGACUUACAGAGAGAUGAUCCUGACCAGGAACAGCGUCGAGGAUCUUAAAGACAUGUUCGACGCGGUGACCAACCUGAUAUCUACGUCAGCCGGUACCCGCAAAGAGAAGGAGGCCCAUCUGAACGACAGGACUCUCCAAGACCUCAUCCAACUCAAGAAGCUCAGCCGCACUUCGGAGACAAUCCUCUCUCAACUCAAACGCGACAGCACCUUCGACGUCGAACUGAGCUUAUCCGACCUCGGCAUCAAAGUCCCCAAGUUCACCGACUCAGACCUCACCGAAGACUUCGAGUGGAACGAGCACGAAACCGCCAACCCCGAGUUCCUCCCCCGGCCGCGGGGCAUCCUCGUAACCGGCGAAGGCGACGUGCCCGUCUGGAUCGAGUGGAGAGCGCUCGGCGACAUCACGCCCAACUCGCUCAAAGACAAAGAAGCCGCCCUGCGCACGGUAGCCCUGGCCGAGAUGCUGCACCUGCCCAAGCCGGCCUCCCUCCACGCGCCCGAAUGCGUGGGCUACUUCGACGACCGCGAGUCCUCCGGCGCAGACCGCUACGGCUGGAUGUUCAAGAUGCCCGAGGGCAGCGACUACGACACGCGCGUCGUCUCGCUGCACGAUAUUCUGGGCGACCGGCGCUUUAAGCCUAGCUUGUCGCAGCGCCUGUCGAUGGCGUCGAAGUUGUGCUCGACGGUCCUGAAUCUGCAUGCUGUCAAUUGGUUGCACAAGGGUAUUUUCAGUGAUAAUGUUGUUUUCCAUUUCAACGGCGAGGGUGAUGGCGCUGAUCAAGUCGGCCUAAACUAUGAUCCUGAAAAGCUUACCUUGUCCGGGUUUGAGUUCUCGCGUCCGGAUGGGACUGAGACGACGGCUAGGGACGUGGAUGUUGUUUGGGACUUGUACCGUUGGCCCGGGAUCCAGCGGCAAAGGCCAACAGAGAGAAACUCCAAGAAGACGUAUGAUUUGUACAGCCUGGGGUUGGUCCUGCUGGAGAUUGCCCACUGGGAGAAGUUGUACAAGGUGAUGUGUUUGGGGAACAAACAGGUGAAAAUUAGGCCCGGCGUCAAGGUGCCCUACAUACUGCUUGGUGAGUCCAAGUCUGUGAGGGACUGGUUGUUGGGGGUCAAGUCUGGCGCACCGUUUGAGGCAGCUGGUCGGCCGAACCCGCUAGAGGAGCUGCGCCAUCUCGCGGGGGAUAGGUACUGGAAGGUGGUUGAGCGCUGUCUCUGGGCGCACGGCGAGAAGGGAUUCGACGUGGAAGAGCAGGCGGAACAGUCCAAUGAUUCUGAGGUGGGCAUAAUACUCCAGGAGGCAUUCACGGAGCAUGUGGUCGAGGAGUUACAAACUCUUCAGAUUUGA